AUGUGUAGACAUAAGUGCCAGGAAAAUAGAAUAUAAAAGACAGCAGGUGUUGGUUGUCUUGAGAGAUAAUUAAUUGGUCAAAAUGGGUUACCCUGCUUUCACUAGAAUAAGCAGUUUGGGACCUUUUUUUGUUUGUGUCUCUGCAGAUAUCUUUGACAAACAGACCUAAAUGAAUUAGUGCCUCAGACAAAUAGAUUAACCGUAGGUCAUGAAAGACAGGCAGUAUGCUGCUGCUUUGGAUUGCGUCAUGUUUGCCUCUUAUUAUUGCUUUGCCUGUGAGACAGGCAUAACCAUUUCCAGGAAUAUGAGAGUGUGGCUGUGGUCACAAAAAGCCAUAGACUUGAAUGAGCUUGCCGGAUACUUUCAGUUUCAUUUCUCUGUGGCUUGGCUCAGAACGAAACACAGUAGGAAAGGAGGAGGUGGGAGGAGUUUAAAAGCUAAAACAAGAAGGUUGGUGGCUAAAACACAGCAGUUCAGCCUCUGGGAGCGAUGCGCAACAGUCAUUUGAAAGUAUAGCAUCACACAAAAUGGAGAAGGUUCUGGAGAAUAUAGUGGCCAUGGUGAAGGAGCACCCAGCUGGGAUCCCCCUUAAAAAGUUGGCUGUGUUUUACAGCCAGACAUACCGCAAGAACCUGACUUUAACCUCCCUGGGCUUCGACUCCAUGGCUAGCUUGGUGGCCUCUCUGGACAGGGAUCUGGUUGUGGAGGGGGAAGUGGUUCAUCACAAGACCCACUGCCGUUCAAGGCGGGCUGGAGCCUGGGCAUCGACAAAAGCUACAGAAGACAGCAAGAAUAUGGAGAGCGUUUUGGAAGAUAUAGUGGCCAUGGUGAAGCAGCACUCAGCUGGGAUCACCCUGAAAAAGCUCUCUGUAACCUACAGCCAGACAUACCACAAGAACCUGACUUUAUCCUCAUUGGGCUUCGACUCCAUGGCUAGCCUGGUAGCCUCUCUGGACAGGGAUCUGGUUGUGGAGGGGGAACUGGUGUUUUAUAAGUACCGUCAUCAUGAUAGCUGUGCUGGCGUUGGAGCUGGAGCUGGGGCAUCAGCAAAAGCUACAGAACAGAAGAUUGAGAAGGUUCUGGAAAAUGUUGUGGCCAUGAUGACAGAACACCCAGAUGGGAUUCCUCUGAAGAUGGUGGCUAUAGUCUACAGUCAGAAAUACUGCAGAAACCUGGCCAUAGCCUCUCUUGGCUUCAAAACGAUUUCCUGCCUGGUAGCAUCUUUAGAAGGAGAUCUAGUUGUGAGGGAGGAAGUGGUGUUCCAUAAGAUCCACCAGCCUCAAAAUCAGCCUGUAGCUGGGAAGCCAGCAAAAGCCACCGAGGACAUCAGGCCCGUUACACCACAGAGAACUGAAACACUUACUGGGAAGACUAGCGCUACCCCAAGUGCUACAGUGCCUCAGGUGGAUACCAGCCCUUAUUAUGUGCCUCCCACCACCUCUUUAUUCUCCACCCACUGUCUCCCGGUUAACCCACUCUUUACUGCGUCCAAGCCAGCGGAGAAGUUGACCCAGCAGCAGCUGUACCAGAGAGUCAUAGAGGUGAUUAACAAGUACCAGUUGAGAGCUCCAUCAAUGGACCAUUUACAAACCUGCUAUUUUCAGCUGUUUGAUGCACAGCUUCCUAUCACACAGUACAUGUCUCUGUAUGACAGCUUGGAAGCUUCUUGCUCUAAGAAGCUUCCCAGUCAAUCUGAACCAACAACAGAUCCCGAGGCUGUUGUAUUGCAGUCAACUGCAGUAGCACAGGAUCUUACGAGAGAGCCUGAAGUAGAAAACCUGCAACAGUCCAUUGUGUCCAACUUCCUCUCUGGCUCUGACUUCCCAGUGCUGGGGGCAGAUGUGAGCUCGACCAAAGGGAAGAAGAACAAAAUUAGAGAUGUAACCAAGAGAGAGGGCAGUGGCGCCAUCUUUAGAGAAGCUCAUCAUGCCCAGCUGAGAGAGGUCCAUGGUGCUAAUAUGAGGGCAGUACAGGCUAUGGAGGAGGAUGAGCUCACAGGGAGGAGGAACAGAGUCCUGGAUCAGGAUUCGGUCAACAGUCUGAUGGAAGAUGUGAUACGAGACAUCGCCGCAGAGGGAGAGCUGGUCACCAAAGAGAAGGUGAUAUCCAGGGUGUGCAGGCUGAUGCAGAUUCCCUCUUUGGAUGCAGGCAGGAUCAAACCCUGGAUGCUUCCGGCUUUAACAGAUCUUCAAUACGUCAUGAGAGAGAUCAACAUGUUCAUAGAGUCUAGUCUAGCAGUGACAUCCAUCUGUACCUUGUAUGAGCUGGGCCAGUCACUGGCUGGACUGAAGGACAAGAAGCGUUAUGAGGAGCUGAACCUGGGGCCCCUCUGCAAACUCCCCCUCAUCCACCGCAUGUUCAAGAUAGACAGUAACACUAAGGAUGAUGACAUCAACCAGAUUGAGACGAUUGACAUCCUAAAGCAAAUUCGUGUUUUUAGGAGGCAGCAGAACAAGCCAAAAGUAGACCUGGCUGAGUUUAUGAAGUAUCUGGCCGACCACUACAACUGUGACUCUCCCUACGAGCUGGGUGUCAGGAUACACAGCAUCGGGCUGCCCAUUGCGACCAUACUGAAGGUGAGUCGAUGUGAACACUCCAUCAUGGAGCAAGCCAGGGAGCUCAUCCAGAAAGAGCUGGAGGAGGAAACCUACGAGCGGCUGAGAAAGAUAAAAAAGAGCGUGUUGGAGCCGGUGCAAGGAGCAGGUUCCUUCUCCUCCACAGGCAGCCUAGACCUCAGGAGAAAUUACGCCUCCAUGCCGGCAGCCGAGGUGUCGCUGGCAGUCUUCUCAAACGCAGAGGGGGUGUUCAGUCCCAAGAUGGCUAAGCACGUCCAGAGCUUCCUUCUGCAGGUGUCGGGUAACCGGCUGGCAAAGGCUCUGUUUCAGCUAGCCAUCUGUGGAGGCUCGCUGGCCGUCCCACUGGACCUGGUGCCCAAAGACAAGGCACCCAACACCACAGAACAAACUAAGAGUGAGGACAAACCCACCACCUCCCUCCCCAGUGAAGCCAAAGUGAAGCAGUACCUUAAAGACAGCCUGUCCUCUCAGAACACAGCCAUCACUUUGGCCCACAUGGCCUCUUUGGAGAGAAAGUUGACCAAACACUUCCAUGUCAAAGAUUUCCUCUCUUUAGAGCAGGGCAACUUUCUGGAGUUUCUGGUUAAACACGUUCAGCUGCUGCAGGACACACUGGGCUCUACUUUGCUUCUGGGCAGCGGCAGCAUGGAACUUACUGGCAGUGGUUUCAGACCCACCAGACAAGAUGUGUUUGAGUUCAUCACACAGUGUGGGGACAUAACAUCCACUGAUACAGAUGAACUCUCCCACAUUGAAACAGCACUGAGAGCCCACUACAGGGUCCGGGACAGUCGGGACCUCGGCUACGGCACUCUGCAAAUGCUGGCUGGCCUGGUCCAGCGUCAGAGAGGGCUGGCUGGAGGAGGGCUGAGCCAGGUCUACUACGAGUCAGCCCUGUUUGCCAAACACAGCAAAUUGAGUGCAGAAUGUGGGGGUGAGGCAGUGGGGCGCCUAGGGGAGAUGUCCAAGGCCCAGGCCCUGGCCAGCUUGCUCUCCUGCCCUCUGCUGGAGGAUUUAAGUGAGUGGAGUCAAUGGGAGCUGAUCUUCAAACCACUUCAUGGCUCCCUCAGAGAUUUCAUCGAAAGAAAUGCAGCAAAUACAGGCCUGGCAGCGUUGGAGGUGACACCAGGUUUGCUCCUCAGGAUCACCACACACACAGGUGACAAGCAUUUCUCCAGUGCCACUGUGAUCCUCGACCCCGUCGGCACAGCCGGCCACCUCCUGUCCAUGGUAGUUGCUGAUGGGAUCGUCAAUGCUCCCACUGCCCUCCUGGCCAAUCACAUGCAGAGCUCCCUGGCAGCAGCUGUGGCUAAAGAAGAUUUGUCCCAGGCUGAAGAGGAUGUGUCAUGUUACACUAGAGUGGCCAAAUUCCUCUUGGCAUGUUUGACACGAAUCCCCACUAGAACCUGCCAGGCGCUUCUGAAGCAGGUGUUUCUGGAGCCUCUCUCUCGUGUCUUGGGCCAGGCCAAGACAAAACAGGUCCUGAUCACUGUGGCCCAGUCAGACCCGAGGCACAUGAACUGUCUGCAUCGGCUGGGGAUCCUCCUGGGCAUCACGGACUGGGUCAAAGACUACCAGAAAAAGCUGAAACCACCACAGAGCCAAAAUUGCACCAUGUACACAGCACCCGUUGAACAGGCCAAGUCUGAUUUGAUAGAUUCUGAGAGCAGCAGUCUGUCAGCUCUGAAUAUGAGUGAAGAGGAGUAUCUUGAGAAUAACACAAUGGACAACAGCUUUGCCUCCUCCCAUCUCAACCAGAGCCUACAACAAGUUAAUGGUGAGCAAGACGUAGUAGUUGAGGAGGGAGAGGAUGAAGAGGAGCUGUAUGAGUUGUCUAACGGAGAGACAUCAGACAUCAGCAGUGAAGCUGAAGGAGGCCAGGACGAGGAGCUGUCAGAAAUGUCUGAUUCUACCAGCUGCCAAUCCACAUCAGAUCUCCAAAGAGCCAUAAUUGAGGACAUCAGGAAGAGUGAGUUUGGUAUUGGUGUGGAAUUGACCGCUGAAGGCCAGAUGUUGAUGCAGGUCCAUCAGGACAGGCUGGGCCGCAGCUUAGACCGCCUCUCUACGGAACUCUACAGCAAAGACACACACUUUGUCCUGGAACUCAUUCAGAACGCUGACGACAACAGUUACCCAUCAGAGGUUGGUGUCGUUCCAGCACUGGCCUUUGUGGUGGAGAGAGACAGCAUCACUGUUCUCAACAAUGAGACGGGCUUCCAGGAGAAGAACAUCAGGGCCAUCUGUGAUGUGGGUUGCAGCACCAAGGGCAAACACAAAUAUGGCUACAUAGGUCAAAAGGGCAUUGGCUUCAAAUCAGUGUUUAAAGUGACAGACUGUCCUGAGAUCCACUCCAAUGGUUUCCACUUGCGUUUCGACAAGACCUGCGGCCCCAUGGGAUACAUCCUCCCCCACUGGAACGAAGAUGAGAGGCCUCUGGACAUGCAGCUGAAGGAAAUACAUCAGCAGAGCUGGACCACUAAGAUCUGCCUUCCUCUGCGCUCGGAGAGCCAUCAGACCAGAAACCUGUUUCAUGACGUGCACCCCUCCCUGCUGCUCUUCCUGCACCGCCUGCGCUCCAUCUCCAUCUACAAUCAGAGUGAGAAGCGUCUUGUGACCAUGACUCGAAAAGACCUGAGUCACAAUGUGUUAGAGGUGGAGCACACAGAGGGCAUCGAGCGCUGGCUCGUAGUCAAAACUACGGUGCAGCCCAAGAAGAUCAAAGGGGAUGUUGAGUCCACCGAGCUUGCCCUGGCAUUCCAGCUCGACGACGUCACAGAAAGCGACAUUGUCUGCCAGCCACAGAAACAACCUGUGUUUGCUUACCUUCCCCUUCGCAGUUUUGGCUUCCGUUUCAUCAUCCAAGGUGACUUCGACAUCCCUUCCUCUCGUGAAGAUGUUGACAGAGACAGCUCAUGGAACCAGUGGCUUCGAUCCGAGAUAGCACAACUCUUCCUCCAGGCCAUGGAUGUCUUCACUGAUCACCCAGAGUUCAAGGGGCUGAAGGGCCUCUGCAAGUUUCUGCCAUUUGUCCCCCUGCCUGACGAGGUGUUGGACUUCUUCAAGCCUGUUGCCGGGCAGAUUAUUCAGAUGCUCAAGGGCAAGGCGUUCCUGCCUACACUCAGCUCAGAUGGUAAGGUUGUGUACAAGCUGCCUUCCCAAGUGGCCAUCUGUCAGGACGCUGUGAUCCGCGACGUGAUUGGCAGCGACGAGCUAGAAAAGCAUCUGUCUCUGUCUUAUCUCCAUCCGGGUUUCAGCCCUGCCCCACCCACCUCCCUGCUCAUCCACCUAGGAGUUCGAUACUUGCGGGGAUUUGAUGUUACCACGGUGACCACAGCCAUGGCCAAGGAGCUGGUGGAAGGCAUCCUUUCAGAUGACAGCCUGCGUCAGCUGGCCAAGCUGCUGGUUUGCAACUUCCGAGCUCUGGAGCAUGGCUACGGAGAGGCGGACUCCAUCUUGCAAACCCUUCGAGAUCUACCCAUAAUCCCACUGGCUGACGGACGUGUCGUGGCACUAAACGGGGAAGGAGUGUUCUUUCCAAUGGAGGAAACCAAGACCAACAAAAAGAAAGCUCAAGCUCAGAAAGGCCCUCUGUCUGCAUUGUACAAGGAUGUAAAUGUAGUUCAGCCCUCUCUGCUGAGCUGUGUGGAUCCUCUGGAAAGUCAACAGAUUCGGGAGCUGCUGAGAAGACUGGGAGUUCAUGAACUGGAGCCUCAAGACCUACUGGAGCAGCACAUCUACCCGUCAAUACAGAACAACAAGUGGAAGUUAAAGCCUGAGGCAGUGGUGGUGAGUUACUUGGUUUUCAUCAAGCUGCAUUCCUCCUCCAGCCAGGAGUACUCCAACACUGCAGUACCCGUCCUCACCAGUAGGGGUCUACUGUGCCCGGCUAAUGAAAGGGUGCACUUCUCUGAAGAGUACAGCAACAUCAACCUGCCGGAGAAGCUACCUGGCUGUGAUUGGGUCUUGCUAAGUCCGUGCUAUGUGCAGACAGAUGGCGAUGUAGCAGGAUGGAAAGCGCUGUUCAGCAGCCUGGGAGUCAGAGACGGUCUCAUCAUCCGCAAAGAGAGACAAACACUCACUGCUCAAGAACUGGCCUCCAGUCCCUGGUCAGUGGAAACUGCAAUGUGGAACCAAAAUCCUGGAGGGGGCUUUGUGCUAGAUGACUACCCCUGUGAGGAGUUCCAUGCCCUGGCCACAGCCCAGCUUCCUGGACACCUCCUCCUUCAGCAGAGGACGGCUUUGCUGGAGCUUCUGACAACAAACUGGGAUACAGGACACCGCUACUCUCAGUACCUCACAGCUCAGGUGAUUGACAGUGAUGGACAACCAAUCAAAAGCACCAAGUCCUCCUUCAGCCACUUCUUGAGUUGUCUUGAAUGGGUGCCGGUCUAUCGCCCACUGGAAGGAAAACAGCGAGAGAGAAAGUACCUCCGUCCAAACUCGGUCUACCUGACCUCACCUGAGGUCACCAGCCUCCUGGGGACUCAUGUCUGUUAUGUGGACAUAGACCCCAGCGAGUUUAGCAAAGCUCUAGGAAUGAGAGAAAGUAUCUCAGUGAAUGCUCUGAUAGACUACCUGAAGGAGUGGUGUGUCAAACCACAAGCAGAUGACCAGGAGCAGAGACUACCCGAGGAUGAGUUAGAGGGGGCCAAUUUCACUUCCACAGUUGAGCACAUCCACAACGUCUACACCUAUCUUGAUAUGAACUGUCCCCAGAGCAGUCUGAGGGAGCUGUUCCAUCAUACCCCUGCUGUAUUCAUAGAGUACAACAGGCGAGAUGAGUGGUGUUCAGGACGAUUCUACCACCUGAAGGAGGUGUGCUGGAGUGACCCGAUGGCAGUGUUCCAACGCUACAGACAGCUGACUCAGGCACCAGACAGCCCUGUCCAGCAGCCCAUAGUUCUGUUUCCCUUCUACAACCCGCUGGAUGGCAUGAAAGCCUUCUUCACCAGACUGCUGAAUGUGGAUCUCAGACCCAAUAUGAAGCAGUAUGUCGGCUUGUUGGAAGUGAUCUGUUCAUCAUCUCCCUUACCAACUGCUGAAGUGCUACAGGAUGUGUCGGUGCUCUAUGCCGUACUCGCUCAAAAGUGUAAAACUAAAGUAUCUGGUGACCAGGAAAACAUCCCUCACGCCAAGCUCAAUUCCAGCUACUGUUCCACCUUGAAGGGUAUGGUGUCUGAUAAGAGAGUCUUCCCCACCAAGGAUAACAGCUGGGUGACUCUGGCACACAAACCCAUGAUUGCUGACAACAAAGAGGUGGAAAAGAUCUUUAAACCUCACAAGCAGAUCUGUCUGCUCAACCUGCCACCAGCAGAGAAGAAGACUGCUCCCAGGAGCAAGACUGGGAACUUUGGUCAGACCGUGCCGGGAGAACGAUCCAACACUGUACUUGCCUUCAACGAGAUGGACCGAUCUUUGUUUCUGGAGAUCUGCGGGAUCCGCCCUCUGUCCCAGUGUGUCAAGACUGAGCCUCUGACUGAGAGCCUGAGACCCUGUCUGUCCAUGCAGGCCAUGGUGCACUCUGUGAUACCCUACAUCCAGAGGUUCCUGUACCACCACGACGAGCUGGCUGAAGUCUAUACAGAGCUGAUUGACAACAACAUUGGAGAGAAAAUUAAGCGACUUCACUUCGGACAGGUGGGUAAGCUGUACAUUCGCUACCAGCUGGACCUUGCUGAUAGUGAGGAUGCAUUGGUGGAGGUGCAGGAUGUUAUCUGUCUGCUGAAGGAUGAGAAGGAGCUCUACAUUCAGAAAGAUCACCUCUCAGCCAAGCUGGACAUCUGCAGGGAGCUGGUGAAACUCUUCUGCACAGAGAGCAGCCACAGAAAAGAGCUGAUGCAUUUCCUGAGCGGCCUCAUAACCUCUCUCAACGACCAAGGGUCUCUGAAGAGAUUCUUAGGCAAGGAGGACAUCAGAGAGCUGCCCAGUGAGGAGGAGCUGUGGGAGGUCCCAGAGCCUCCCAAACCAGAGAUGAACCUGGAGAGAGGGCUAUCAAGGAGUUACUCCUCCAUCAGCUCCCCAGAGGAGCCGUCUCGCCCUGCACAAGAAGAUGGGGAGCAGACGCUUGUUUGCUGGCCUCCUCGAGCAUCUAUAAUGAAUACAGGACCCGGUCGCACUGGUCAGGCAGGUAGCAGUGUGGUAGAAGCCGUAAUGAAGCUGUGGCCACCUCCAGCUGGGCCUAAAGACAGAGACCCAGAAAAUGAUGCUGUCCCCAGAGGAAGCAGCCAUGCCAUCCCCAAGAGUCACAGCAGCAGCUACGAGGAAAACCAGCCACCCGGGAGCAGCAGGAGACCUGCAGACCAGUCUCACCCUGCUGCUGUGACCGCCAACACACCACCACUUUCAGAGCGCAGACAACAGAGUGAGAGCACCAAGUGUGACAGAGCUCCGAAUGGAGAGGAAAGCCUCACAGCUCCCAGGCCAACACAGAGUCUUCCAUCUGCACAGACUGCGGAGACACAAUCCGCUCCAAACAGCCUCGUCCCUGAGGCCGUGGUGCUUUCCAGUAUGUUUCAGGGGGGUGCAGAGACCCAGCGUCCUCCUCUCAACCUGGACUUUCCUCCCUGGAACAAAGUGCAGCCUCCACUGGCCACACUGGAAGACAUGGAGCUCACCUGCCAGAGACCCACCACAGUGGUGUUAUCUGACGACCCGAUGGACGUGGCAGUGAUUGGUGAGUGGGGGGAGCAGCUGGUCAAUUCCUUCCUGUGCCACUGGAGAGACAGUGGCGACCUCGGACGACCCGCACACAUCCUGUGGUGCAAUCAGAGCGGAGAGAGCGGCCAGCCCUACGAUUUUAAGCUCACUUUUGGACCUGCAGGAGGGCCGGUGGUAGUGUACGUGGAAGUGAAGUCAACAAUAAAGAAGGAGAAGUCAUUCAUCCACCUCUCUGCCAACGAGCUGGACUUUGCACUGAAAGAGAAGGAGCGCUAUCACAUAUUCAGAGUGUACAGCGCUGGAGACGCCCACAACGUCCGCCUGUGUCGCAUUCAGAACCUGGCGCAGCAUCUCCACACCAAAGACCUGGCACUUUAUCUGUUUGUAUAAGUCCCUUAUACGUUUGUGGAGAUAUUUGCACUAUACUAACUCACACCACAAUGAGUUAGUAUGAAACACUAAAAGUGUUUCAUAUAUAAGUUUAUUUUAACUGCACUGAUUUAAGUUGUUUUAAAUGUACUACUGAGUGUAUCUCCCGUCACCCCUCCCCAUUUAUUGUUCUUGCUAAUCAGAAAAAAAUGACAUUCCUUUUUAAUUUAUCUGUUCAGAAUAUUUUUAUUGCCACACGUAGGUGUGUGUUUUCUAGUAUGUGUACAAUUUUAAAGUGGUCAGUGGACAUACUGAAUAUUUCUUAACCUUUUAUAAUUCCCCUACCUCACCUUUACUCUAGCAUUCCUUCUGAAUAAAACCCUUCUGUAAGUUGAAUGAAUUUGA